AUGAGAUUCGCCGCUGCCUUUGCCGCCGCUGCCAUUGGCGCCGCCCCCGUCGCCGCCCUUCCCACCAAGACGACCAACGACGCCAGCCGGGGGGUCAGAAUGUUCGCCACCCUGACGGAGCUCCAGGCCAAGUACGCACGCGGCAUCAUUGCGCAGGCUAAGAAGGAGCGCCUCGGAGCCCAGGGAUGCCGGGCGGGCAUCGCCACUGCUCUCGUCGAGUCAACACUCAUCAUGCAUGCAAACUACGCGGUGCCCGACUCCUUGGUCUACGACUAUGACCGCCUCGGCUACGACAGGGACUCCGUCGGCCUCUUCCAGCAGCGGGCUUCGAUCUACACCGACAUCAAGUGUAGCAUGAAUGCCGCCUGCUCGGCACACCAGUUUUUCACCGAGAUGAAGGGGGUUCCCGAGUGGCGGUACAUGGAUGUCGGCACGCUGUGUCAGGAGGUGCAGCGCUCUGAGAAUCCCGAGCAGUACCAUGAGUUUAUUGACCAGGCUGUCGACAUUUGCAAGGAGGGCGGCUUCUAG